AACAAACGUAACCAACCACCUUUCCCCAAUCUCUCUCUCAUUUUCAUUUGCACGCAAACCAACACAACACAACACAAAUUCUCUCUAAACUGAAAAUGGCGUCCACCAUCACCACGACGUCGUUUUCGAUUCUUCUUCUCUUUGCUAUUGUGCUCUUCCUGCAGUCCCCACCACCAUCCUCCGCCACUACAUUCAACAAUGAUAUCGCGAAUCACCUUAUUAAGAGCUUCAACCUCUUCCCUCCUCAUGAUAUCAACAUCAUCUCUGAUCCCAAUGUUCGACCCGCCGAUAACAAUAACAAGAUCGUCGAGAAGCCACUCAGAUUCCCGAACUUCUCCGGUGAAGGCGAAGGAAUUUCCAUUGAUGAUUUGGCUCAUCGCGCUGGUUAUUACCCGAUUCAACACUCUCAUGCUGCUAAGAUGUUCUACCUUUUCUUUGAAUCCCGGAACAACAAGAAGGAUCCUGUUGUGAUAUGGUUAACAGGGGGACCUGGCUGUAGCAGUGAAUUGGCUGUGUUUUAUGAAAACGGUCCUUUCAAAAUUGCUAACAAUUUGUCCCUUGUAUGGAAUGAAUAUGGUUGGGACAAGGUUUCUAACCUCCUUUAUGUUGACCAACCAACCGGAACUGGCUUUAGUUACUCCACUGAUAACCGUGAUAUUCGUCAUGAUGAAGACGGUGUCAGCAAUGACCUGUAUGACUUUUUACAGGCUUUCUUUGCUGAACAUCCGGAGUAUGCUAAAAAUGACUUUUUUAUUACGGGCGAAUCAUAUGCCGGGCAUUAUAUUCCGGCUUUUGCUGCUCGUGUCCAUAAGGGAAACAAAGCUAAAGAAGGAAUUCAUAUAAACUUGAAGGGAUUUGCCAUUGGCAAUGGGCUCACUGAUCCUGCAAUUCAGUAUAAAGCUUACGCAGAUUAUGCACUUGACAUGGGCAUAAUUAAACAGGCUGACUAUGAUCACAUCAAUAAACUGAUGGUUCCAGCCUGCGAAUUGGCAAUCAAACUAUGUGGCACAGAUGGAAAAAUCGCAUGCACAACUUCGUAUUUUGUUUGUAAUACUAUAUUCAAUUCCAUUAUGUCACAUGCUGGUAAUAUCAAUUACUACGACAUCCGAAAAAAGUGUGAUGGGAGUCUUUGCUAUGAUUUUUCAAACAUGGAGAAGUUCCUGAACCAAGAAUCUGUUCGGAAGGCUCUAGGGGUUGGGGAUAUUGAUUUUGUUUCGUGUAGUUCUACAGUUUAUCAGGCUAUGCUGGUGGAUUGGAUGAGGAAUCUUGAAGUUGGUAUUCCUGCUCUCCUUGAGGAUGGAAUCAGUUUGCUUGUUUAUGCUGGGGAAUAUGAUCUCAUCUGCAACUGGCUUGGUAAUUCAAGAUGGGUUCAUGCCAUGGAAUGGUCUGGCCAGAACGAAUUUGUCGCCUCACCUGAAGUUCCUUUCAUAGUUGAUGACUCAGAAGCUGGAGUGUUGAAGAACAAUGGACCUUUAAGUUUCCUAAAGGUUCAUGAUGCGGGUCACAUGGUACCAAUGGACCAACCCAAAGCUUCGUUAGAAAUGCUGAAGAAAUGGACUCGGGGAACCCUUUCCAUAUCUGGAGCUGAUGAGGAAGUAUUGGUUGCAGAGUUGUAAUCUCUUCUUGCAAUUAGUCUACAACAACUUGAUGCAAUGAAUUUAUUCAAAAGAAAAUCUUGAUGCAAUGAAAAAAGAACUUAAACGAGUGGGAUAUUUUGUUCUACUAAACAAAUUCACAUACUAUCUGAAAUGACAGGAUCAAAGGUUAUGCAAGAAAAGAAUGAUUAGCAUAUACUACUUUUAUGUCUGUAUAUAUGCUAUUUUGGUAAAAUCCGAGGUGUAACUCACCAAAAACUUCAAUCUAAUGUUUAAAUAUAAUGCAAACAUUAUAAGGAGUUGUUCA